UCGGUACCUAUCUCCAUGGAAGUAGAUUUGACAGCUUUUUAAAAAAGGCUAAAAUGAGUGAUGGUUUAAGAAGGAAGUUAACGAUGCCACCAUGGCAUAUCCCAUACUUGGAGAAGCAUCGGAUUUACGAUCUAUUUCAUGAGCUUGCCCGUGAAUUGGUUAUUCAACAGCCUGUCGAUCACGUAUUAUUUAUGAAACAAGUUCUGGAACAUGCUGCUAAAAAUAUUAACGUAGCAAGGGUCGUAUUGCUAUCGUCACCGAAAAUCAAUCUAUACGAAGUAGCAUUGGAAAUUUCAUAUUACACGCAACAAACAAUUGUAAAUGAGAAUACUAUCGUAGAGGAACUAAACCGAGAGAAAGAAAGAUCUCAACUGACACCUCAAGAAUUGGCCAAAUGUCUAGACAAAAUAGUAAGAAGGAGGCAAGUCAAAGGAUGGAUAUUAAUAGAUUGCAUAAAAAAUGCAUGCGAAGCAAAGGCCAUGUUACAACAUGGCAUUCUUCCAACGCACGUCAUUCAUCUCAUACCGCCAUUUGAGCCACCACUAAACAAUGCAAUAUACUCGAGCGUUCAAGAGGGAUGGCCAGAGUAUCGUCGUUCGAUAAUGAGCGUACGGGAUGUGUUUAAACACUGUUUAAUAGAGGUGCACUUGGGGGAAAAAAGUAUAGAAGAGGUUGUUGAAGAAUGCUAUGAACACAUUAAAAUACAGAAAGGAUUUGGCGGGCCGAAACAACCACGAAUUGUUAUACUAGGACCGCGUGGCUGUGGGAGGAAAACACAAGCCCGCUUAUUAGAAGAAAAUCUGAAUGUUAUACAUGUUGAUUUUGAAUAUCUCCUUUGCCAAGCAUGGAUAUCCAAAACGGAGCUGGGCAAAAAACUUCGAGAAUGUCAAGACGAUGUCUGUUUCCAAACAAAUUUAUUAAUGAAAGUCUUAGACCAAAGAAUUUUAAAAAAGGACUGCUUGGAUCAAGGUUGGGUUUUGACAGGGUUUCCCUUUACAGUGAACGAUUUUCGAUAUUUGGACUGUUUAGAUACACCGCCUAAUAGAGUAAUUUUCAUCGACUGCGAUUUACGGGUAUGCAGAGAACGGAUCUUAAACAGAAAAAUUAACGUUCACACAGGAAGUGUAACAAAUUUGAUGGACAACCGCGAUUUGGUAAUACAAAAGCUUUUGGCAACUCAUCCAAAAGACAACAUAGAUGCAUUAGAGGCAGAGUUAAAGUACUACUGCGAACACUAUGGAAGCCUGAAAAAAUAUUGUGGACAAACUGCUACAGUAAUCAAUGGUAAUCAACCGCAGCGUUGGGUCUAUGAAAGCAUUUGUGCCAUCAUAGUGCGAGCCGCACCCGCCUGUCCUCCAAGAAAUCCAUGCAAACUGGACACUGAUGAUUUUAUGUGCCUAGAUCCGUGCAUGUGUGCAGACGAUCUUCUCCCUAAGAGUUACAUGCACCUUGUAUAGAUCAAA